AUGUCCACUUCGACGAUGCCAGAACACGUCGAAAUCCGACCCGACACGAGCAGCCAAUCAUCCGACUCUCUCUCCACAUCAGAUUGUCUGCGAUUUAGUCAGGUGGUUGAAGAAGUAAUAGAAGAAGUGCGACGAGUCUACCCCAAUAUCCACACUACUCUUCCUCUCAAGGAAUUACUCGAUCCAGCCGAGAAAAAGAGAUCAAAGGGCGUCCCGCGUCCCCAGAAUUGCUUCAUGUUGUAUCGCAAAGAUAUACGGGCCAGGUUCACAAGAGAAGGAAAUGCAUUGUCAGUGGCCGAAUCUUCUCGGAUCGCCGCUGAGAGUUGGCGGAACCUUCCGCAGGAAGAGAAAAAUUUUUGGCACGCUCUAUAUGAAAUCGUAAAGAUGCAACAUGCCAUUAAGUAUCCUAAUUAUAAAUAUCAGCCCGUUAGAGGCAAACAGGCCAAAAAAGGUCGUGGUAUGAUGAUAGUCGAUGGGAUUAAACGCUCCGAUAAAGACGACAAAUCGGAUAAGAACGGUCAAAUGCAGUAUCAGGGGAAAUUUUCCGCCACUGAGAAGAUUUAA